UUCUAGGUGUUUUAGACCGGUAGAAGGGAUGAUCAGAGCAAGAAAAUUAGACCAAAUCAAGAGAUAAGCCGAAUACAUACCAAUUUUGCCAAUUCCUAGGCUUAGAAUGGCAAGUGCAGAUGUCGGUGUCCUCAGACGGUUGUCUGGUGCUCGACCAAAGCAGAAAAAUUCCAAUGUCUUGGAAUGUCGGGUGUGUGAGGAUAUCUUCAGUCUCCAAGGUGACAAGGUGCCACGCCUCCUGCUAUGUGGCCACACCCUCUGUCACGAGUGUCUGUCGAGGCUGACCCUACAAGGCAGGGCCAUACUCUGUCCGUUUGACCGUCAGCCCACUGAGCUGACCGACUCUGGGGUUUGGGGGCUCAAGAAGAAUUUUGCCCUGUUGGAACUCCUUGAGAGGUUACAGACGUCCAAGGAGACGAGUCUUAUUGCAGACGGAGGCUUGAUCAGUCAACGGAAAGGGGAGAGUGGCGUACCUUGUGAUGAGAAUGAGAGUCACCAUGCUGAGGUCUACUGUACCGUAUGCAGUACCAACCUGUGUGCUCGCUGUGCCCAGGCCACUCAUUCAACACGUACCCUCGCUAAACACAGACAGGUACCACUAUCUGAGAAGCCUAGGGAGAAGUCAGUAUGUCAGGACCAUAGCCCUCAUAUCAUAGAGUUUGCUUGCCAAGAGGUCGAAUGUCAAGCUAUGCCACUCAUGUGCUUCGUCUGUAAGGACUACGGCAAGCAUAGAGGACAUAAGCACACAUUACUAGAACAAGAGGCCGAGAGUACCAGGUCUGUAGUAGUUGGUAUGGUGCAACAGGUUCGACUGUUCAGUGAGGAGAUCUCAGAAUCCGGUCGGAGACUGGGUGACAUCAUUCAACAGGUAGAGGGCGGUGUUGGGAUUAUCGAAGAUCUGGAUGGGGUCGCUGAACCAAGACAUGUACCAGGAAUGGCUGAGAUGGCUAGAGCCAAGGUCCGGACCUACUUUGCUGAGCUCCAUGAGACUCUGCAGAGGCAAGAGGAGGUGGCUGCCAGCGUCUUGGACACCCACAUCAGAGAAAGACUACAUCUACUGAGACAGCAGCAGGAGCACUUUGCUUUCAUGAAUUCAAGUAUUGCUUCCAUGAGCUAUGAGUGUGAAUCAAUGCUCUAUCAGGAUGAUGCCAAGCUGCUGGUCUCCAAACAAGAAGUUUCAUCCCUCCAAGACUCUCUGCAGACUCACAAACAACAGUUUACGGACAUCACAGAACAUAUCCAGCUAGAUGCUAACAUACCGGUCACGUUCACCAAGGAUAACCGAGUCCACAUAGGGCCUAAGAUGGAGAUGAGGGUUGUAGUGCUAGGUUUGGAUAAUGCUGGCAAGACUACCAUCCUCUUCAAACUCAAGCAGAAUGAAUUCAUCCAAACAAUACGCACAAUAGGUUUCAAUGUAGAGACAGUGGAGUACAAGAAUCUGAACUUCACUAUCUGGGACGUAGGAGGAGACACCAAACUCAGACCACUCUGGAAGCACUACUAUCUCAACACACAAGCUCUCAUCUUUGUAGUAGACUCAACGGAUGGAGACAGAUUAGAUGAGGCAUACGAUGAACUUGCAAUACUUAUGUCAGAGAAACAGCUUAGAGAUGCGCUACUGCUGGUCUUUGCAAACAAACAGGAUUCACCCAAUGCUGUAAACCUGGACACCAUCAGUGACCGUCUAUGUCUCAACAAGCUUUGCUGUGGGCGGAGUUGGUUCAUCCAGCCCUGCGACGCCCUGAGUGGGGCGGGGCUCUGGGAUGGUCUGGAAUGGCUCUCGGCUCAGCUGGUGGCAGCAGGAGUGAUGGACCUGGCAUGAAGCUUUGUAUCCAGUCAUACCCCGUGUCUAGUCUGCAAGGACAGACCCUGUAUUUGACACUUUAUUACAGCAACUAUCGGGUGUGGUGUGAAGACUAGCACAGCUUCUACUUGUCCGAAGCAGCUACAGUAAUAAUGAUAUCCCGCUUUUAUGUAGCGCUUUAUAUAUCAGCAUUGAGUGAUUUCAAGUUGGGUGUUAGUGUUAGGGUUAAUGUUUAGAGCAGUCAAGAGCUCUUAAAUCGAGCCAAAUGUUUGAUGAUGAAAUUAAUAGCCAGAUACCGAUAUCAAUAUCGAUAGCUUAACACCACUGUGACAUCGCCACACAGACUUGAUUUCACAACGAUGAUUUAAAAAUAGUACAUCAAAACUAAAGAUAUCGUGCUGCUAGUAAGUGUCGGCUUGCAUGGUGAUGUAGAUAUACAGUAGGCUUGCGGGUGCACCAUGUGUG